UAAACACGUGUGACUUCAGAGGGUUAACGUGACGUGAAGACGUCGUCUCGAGUUACAUGGAGAAACCGAAGCUGCUGGCUCUGGUUUCCCGUCCAAUGCCUGUGGACGUGACGGCAGCAGCAGAGGACGGGACAAGGUUCACGGUUUUUAUGACUUCAGUGGAAAUGUGAUGUGGACUGUGACGGGGCGGGACUCGGACAGAGGUGAGGCAGGUGACAUACAGAGAGCGUCACUGUUUGGAUCAGCUGCUUUGAGUUCAGAUCUGAGGAUGUAAACGAGACGCCUGCACCGGACCCACCUGGACUUCACCUGUUUAAUGUGAUGAAGCUGAACAUCCACACAGAACCUCCGGUUUGAGCAGUGUAAUCGGACCUGUGUGGACCGGGUCAUGUACGUCCUGUGCACCCUGGCCAUCCUGAGCCUCCACAGCCUCUUCAAGAGCUGGACCAACAAGGCCGUGGAGUCUGACCGGAGCUCGGACGCUCAUCAGGAGGAUGGAGGCGUCCACGAGGUGUGUGGAGCGACUCAGGGCCUCACGGGCCGAGGAGGACCAAGGAGAGCUCAAGGGAAGAGGAGGCGAGGAGGCCGAGUACGUAACAUCCCCAACAGCAGGGAGCGAGUGCAGGUGAGGAGGGAGCGAGUGCAGCCGGUCCAGCGGCCCAGUGCUCUGCUCAGCCCGGCGGUCAUGUUCAGCACAAGAAAGACCUGGGACCUUAGCCACGCCCCCCGCCUGCAGGAGCUCUGGAAGAAAGACAUCUCAUUGGACGCGAGCUCUUUGGACUUCCUGAUGAGUGAUGGUGAAGACGACGCCUCCUUCUUGUCUCUGCCCACCGCCGCCUUCUCACAGCGCCCGUCUCUGACCGCAGAGCUGUCCGAAACAAACGCACCCAGCCAGCAGCUGCUCAUCCAGACUCUCCAGGACAAAGUGUGUGAGUUUCAGGCUCGUCUUCAGUCUGAAGAAGUCGCUCGUCAUCUUCUUCUCCAGCAGCUGCAGCACGCGAGCGUCCAGACGUCAGCGCCGCACAGCGGUGUGACUGUGCUGCCAUCAGGUGGUCAGAAUUCAGAUUGUCUCAACUGUCCAGAAGAAGAGCAGCUCGUUACUCGGCUGCGCACACAGGUGGAGGAGCUGGAGGAGAAGCUGUUGGAUCAGACCCAGGAGGUGGAGAGACUUCGCUCUGAACUGGGGGCGACAGACCUGGAGAAGCAGCUAGAGCUGCUGGUGGUGGAGAACCAGCGUCUGAAGCAGGAGCUGAAGUCAUGCAGGAGCUCCGACAUUCAGAGCGUGGACGCUGCUGCAGGGAGCUGCAGCUGCAGCCACAGCCAGGACGCAGACUCCCUGCGGAGGGAGGUGUCCCGCUGGGAGAGCCAGGCCCGGCAGAGGGAGCGGCGGCUGGCUGAGCUGGAGCGCGAGCUGCUGGAGAAGAGCUCCAGGGUGGAGAGCCUGCGGAGGCAGCUGGACGAGUCCAACCGGCAGCUGGAGGACGGACGGAGACAGCUGGACGAGUCCAGGUGGAGGCAGGUGGAGGCCGAGCAGAAACUCAACCUCCGACUGCAGGAGUGUGAGGAGGAGCUCGCCAGGCAGGCGGCCACGCCCCCCAGAGUCAAGUACGUGACGCACACGGUGGAGGUGGAGUCAGCUGACUCUCAGAAAGCUGUGGUGGAGCUGCAGACGAAGAACUCCGCCCUGCAGGAUCAACUGUCUGUGCAGAGGACGCUGCUGAGAGAGCUCGAGACACAACUGCACGAGUCCCAGAGGACAUGUGGACAGCUGAGGACACAGCUGCUCGCCGAUCGACGCCGUCUGUGCGGCUUCCUGUCCAAGGUCGUCGGCAGCGACGAGGUGAUUCGCAGGCUGUCCAAGAUCCUGGUCUAUGAAGGGGAGAUGGAGCGCGCUCAGGGCCAGCUGGAGGCGGAGAUGCAGAACCUGGAGGAGGAGAAGAACCGCGUGAUCGAGGAGGCGUUCAUCCGAGCCGAGAGCGAGAUGAAGGCCGUCCACGAGAACCUGGCGGGAGUUCGUAUGAACCUGCUGAGCCUGCAGCCCGCCCUCCGGACUCUAACCGGUGACUACAACUGUCUGAAGAGGCAGGUGCAGGACUUCCCCUUCAUGCUGGACAAAGCCAUCAGCGAGGCCAAGCAGGAGAUCUGUCAGGUGAUCAGCGAGGUGAGCAGCACCAAUCAGGAGCUGCUGCGUAAAUACAAGCGAGAGAUGAACCUGAGGAAGAAGUGUCACAACGAGCUGGUCCGCCUCAAAGGUAACAUCCGUGUCUUCUGCCGCGUCCGGCCCGUCAGUCAGGAGGAGCAGGACUCCGCCGACGCCAAAGCGAUGCUGAGCUUCGACUCGGACGACGACGCCGUCCUCUACCUGUCCAGCAGGGGCAAGGUCAUGACCUUUGAACUGGACAAGGUGUUCGCUCCGCAGGCCACGCAGGAAGAGGUGUUUCAGGAAGUCCAGUCUUUGGUCACUUCCUGUAUCGACGGCUUCAACGUCUGCAUCUUCGCGUACGGACAGACGGGCUCCGGGAAAACCUUCACCAUGGAGGGCGUGGUCGACGACCCCGGGAUCAACCAGCGAGCUCUCCGCCUGCUGUUCUCCGAGGUGACGGAGAAAGCUCCAGACUGGGACUACACCAUCACCGUCAGCAUGGUGGAGAUCUACAACGAGACGCUACGCGACCUGCUGGGCGAGAAUCCCACCGACAAGCUCGACAUCAAGAUGAACCCGGACGGCAGCGGACAGCUCUACGUGCCCGGACUGACCCAGUUCACCGUGCAGAGCGCCGAAGACAUCAACAGGGUGUUCGAGCUGGGUCACGUGAACAGAGCGACGGCGUGCACCAACCUGAACGAGCACAGCUCGCGAUCACACGCUCUGCUCAUCAUCAGCGUGUGCGGAUACAACGGCGCCACAGGAAGCCGCACACAAGGGAAGCUGAACCUGGUGGACCUGGCGGGCUCGGAGCGGAUCGCGAAGUCUGGUGCGGAGGGCAGCCGCCUCCGGGAGGCGCAGUGCAUCAACAAGUCUCUGUCGGCGCUCGGCGACGUCAUCAACGCGCUGCGGAGCAAACACGCCCACGUCCCGUUCAGGAACUCUCGCCUCACCUACCUGCUGCAGGACUCUCUGAGCGGGGACAGCAAGACCCUGAUGAUGGUGCAGGUGUCUCCUCUGCCCUCCAACCUGAGCGAGUCGGUCUGCUCGCUGAAGUUCGCUCAGCGUGUUCGCAGCGUGGAGCUCGCCGCUUCGUCCAGGAAACACGAGAACUCGUCCACCUCGUCCUCGCCGACGCACGACAGCGUGGAGCUGGACUCACCCCCGGUGACCCCCGUCCCCCUCCCCAUCUCUCGGGCCAGCAGCGCCGGCUCCACCCUCUCCUCCACCUCCAGAACCCCCAGCAGCUCCCGCAGGAGGUCCCAGUCCCAGCUGUCCACAGACAGACAGGUAGACAGAGCCAGCCCAUUGGUGGGGGACGGUGGGCAGGACGACUGAAGCUGACCGCCUGAGACGCCACGAGGCUCCUCCCCCUCCCCCUCAGCCACUCACAGAGCGGGGUGAAGGAGCAAAGCCUGAUGGGAGCUCGUCGUGGCCAAAUGUUUAAAACGAGUGUAACGAGGAGCCGGUGAAGCUCCGCCCGUCUGGACUGAGCUGAAAUCGAACGCGCCCUAAAAACAGUGUAUGCUUUCCCAUCACAGUAUUUCUUCUUUUAUUGUUUCUUUGUAAAGUUGCACUUUAAACUCUGAGCCGCAGCUCCGAUGUGGCGGAUUUCUAAUAUAUGCAUAAUAUGAUCCUGUAUUUAUGUUUGACAUGCUUCAGUUUCUUCUUUGGUGGACGAGGCCACGUGUUCAUGUUUUAUCAUCUUCAACCCUCCCUGUAGUUUUCUGAUGGAGGCCAUCUUUGUGACCUCACAGUCCUCCUUUAUCCAAUCAGGGUACUCCACUGAUACCGAGCUGUCCAAUGAGACGCGAGCAAUACGAUGAAGUGUUCUGUUCAUGAUUGUUGUGUUUGGCUCCUGUUCUCUUCCUGUGGAUGUUCUCCUGCUGUGUCCUCCAUUAAAAACAUCCAGGUGACCUUUGACCUCAGACAGAGCACACCUGUAGCUGUUGACCCGGUUCUGAGCUUGACGUGACGCAGGUGGAGCGAGUAGUUGUAGCUGUAGUCGUAGUAACAUGAAUGCUUAGAAACGCUGACGAUGAGCUGCUUGCUUUGUCUCGCUGUAGAUUUCUACAGUUUGUUUUUUUUGUAUUCUCUUUUUAAUAAAAACUAACAAGAA